AUGCUGGCAACAGGUGGACUAUAUGCACCAACAAUCCGAUAUCACAACGACACAUUUUACGUGAUCUGCACCAACUGUAAACGCGGAGACAGUUACGAAAAAGAUGGACAGGACAAAUCUGAAAACUUCGUCGUCUCAUGCAGUGACAUUUGGUCGAAUGAGUGGAGCGACCCUGUCUACUUUGAGUUUGAUGGGAUCGACCCCAGCCUUUUCUUUGAAGACGGGAAAGCCUACGUGCAUGCGUCGGCUGCACCUGGACCUUGGACCAAGAUCAAUCUGUUCGAAAUAGAUCUUAGCACGGGAGAGAAGCUCUCUCCAGAGAAGACGAUCUGGGAAGGCACGGGUGGUGUCUGGCCUGAAGGGCCGCACAUUUACAAGAAGGAUGGGUGGUACUACUUGAUGAUUGCCGAGGGCGGUACGCACGAGAAUCACAUGGUUGUCAUGUCACGCUCUCGAGACAUUUGGGGUCCUUACGAGGCAUGCCCGAAUAACCCAAUUCUCACGGCCAGAGGUACCAACGAGUAUGUCCAAUAUACUGGUCAUUGCGACGCUUUCCAAGACGAGCAGGGACAGUGGUGGGGUGUCUGUCUUGCCGUGCGUAAGGACACUAAGGGAAGGUACAAUAUGGGACGAGAGACCUUCAUCACUCAUGGUACUUGGAAUGGCGAUUGGUUGUCAUUCGAUACCGUCAAGAUUACACCGGAAGAUCUGGCACCCCCAUCAACCGGUAUUGCAGUACUCACCGCGGCGCCAUCUGCUGACCUGAUCUACAUCCGAGAUCCCGAGAUAGGGCGGUACAGCAUCCUCGACAGUGGUGCGGAAGUAGCACUGACCGCAUCACUCAUUAAUUUUACCAACCCACGACUAUCUCCAACAUUUAUUGGCAAGCGACAACGGAAGUUAAAGGGUAGAAGCAGCGCAACGCUUAGAGGUAGCAGUGUAUCUCAGUCGGCCAAAUUCAAGGCUGGAAUUGCAUGCUAUAAAGACGAACAUCGAUUUCUUAGAAUCUUCUACGAUGUGUCGACAUCCAUCGUUACAUCCGAGCUCAGAAACAACGCCAAACAAAUUUAUAAAACAGAGAGUCGCGAAGUCCAAGGUGCCGAUAGUCAUAUAACCUUCCGGAUAUCUUACACAGAGGCAGAGUACCGUCUGGAGUACACAACGCAGCAAGACCCUGAUUUACCUUUCACAACCAUGCAAGUAAUCGACACGCUAGAUAUGACGGGGCCAGAUUUCGUUGGUCCAGUAAUUGGCGUCUUUGCCGUUGCCGAGGCUGGAGAACCGGUGGUUGAGUUCGCUGGGUUUUCCGUGGAGUGA